GACCGUCAUACAAGAGACCUCAAUAUUGAUUUCUGAUAAUUUUAUAGCUAACGAGCGUGUUGAUAGGGCAGAAUUUCUUCGUAAAUAUUGGCCAACGGCCUUGGAGGUUUCUGGAGAUAUUGAGGCUUUGUUUUAUAGAUCAUAUAAAGAAUAUGGUCAUAAUGGAAUAUAUGAAUUGACUAUUGCUGAAAAAAGACAAAUUGUAAUUACUCACGUUGAACAUAUCGAAAGCAUUUUAAAACAUGCACCGAGACUUGCUAAUGAUGGUCUUUUAGAUUUAUUUGAUCUUUAUAAAAAAAGAAUGAAAUACUUACAAAAAAUUAUUGAAUCUGGAGAAUUUAUUGAAAGUAUAAACGUUUUUGUAUCAGAUAAUCAAUUCAUUGGAAGAAAUCGUCAGAAGAAAAGAAAAGAAAUCGAAUAUAAUAAUAACUCUGAUUUUAAAUCAAGACAACUUGAUCCAUUAACUUCUUUAAUUAUAACUAAUACUCCCUACGAUCCUCAGAUCCUUCAUUAUCAAGAUCAAUUACAGAUACAAGAUAUCGAUGCUUGUUUUUAUAAAUUAAACAAAGAAUAUGGUCGUGAUGGCUUAUAUGAAUUAAAUAUUGCUGGCAGAAGACAAAUUGUAAUUACUCGCGCCGAAUAUAUUGAAACCCUUUUAAGACAUGUAACGAGAAGUGCAAAUGAUGGUCUUUUAGAUUUAUUUGAUCUUGAUAAAAAAGGUUUAGGUUUGAAUCAUGAUUACAAUCGUUGGAAAUUCAAUCGUCGCAUUUUUUCACAAGCUAUUAUGUCUUUAACUUCUUCAACUUAUUCUCCUAAGCUUAGCAAAAUUGAAAAUGGUUUGUUUGAAGAAAUGUCAAAUUAUUGGAUCGAUUUGAAACAAAAAGAUGAAAAUGUAAUAAUUAUUGAUAUGGCUGCUUGGACACGUCGAUUUAUAUGUGAUUUUAUAUCCACUUUGACAACCGAGAAACGAACUAAUACAAUUCAUUAUUAUUAUCGUAAAUUAAAGAAUGAAGUAAUCACAAAAGAGAUGAUUGAAUCCGAAGAAUUUAUUGAAAAUAUAAACGUUUUUGUAUCAAAUAAUCAAUUCUUAUUUGCACCGAAACAUAUAAACAAUUUACCUUUUAUUAAAAAUCGAGUGAAGAGAUUGUUGGAUAAUAAUCAUUUCUUUUAUAAAAGAUUGGAAGAAAUUAUUAGAAGAAAAAGAAAAGAAAUCGAAUAUAAUAAUAAUUCUGAUUUUAAAUCAAAACAACUUGAUCUAUUAACUUCUUUAAUUAUUACUAAUACUCCAAACGAUCCUCAACCUCAAAAAAAUGUUGAUCCUUCAUUAUCAAGACCAAUGACUGAUGCAGAAAUACGAGGUGUUAUGUUUGAUGCUUUUUAUGCUGCCACAGACACGACUGCGAAUAUUUUUUGUUUUAUAUUAUAUUACAUUUCACAUAAUCCAAAUGUUAAAAAGAAAUUGUUGGAAGAGAUCAAAUCAGUUUUCAAUGAUGAUCCAAACAGACAAGUAACAAUUGACGAUCUUGAAAAAUUAAAAUAUUGCGAAGCAAUAAUUAAAGAAACAUCGAGAAUAAGACCUACAGUUGGUAUGAUUUCAAGAUAUAUAGAUAUGCAAGCACCCCUUAAUGUUGAAACAUCAACAAUCACCAUCUGUAAAGAAUUAAACAUCAAACUUAUUCCUAGAGAAUUUAAAACUCAUCCAUAA